AUGCGUUUUACUGCUCACAACAAUUCAAGGAAAACAAACACAAAACCCUACUUACUAUCUCAAAAAUCAAAAGGAAGAUAUUAUCAAAAAAUUAUUGCAUCUUUAACUCAGAUAGUUUAUAUUGCUUUCGUAAAAUCUGAACCUAUUAAUGAAAAAAUUGUUCAAAAGGGAAAAGCCAUUUCAAAAUUAGAUAAUGCUGGCACUUUUCAAAC